AUGUUAUGGAGCCAGGAGGAGCUUGCUGCGCUAAAACGAACAGUCGAGAACAUCAAGGAUCCACUUUAUCGGUUCUUUGAACGGGAGUGCACUAUUGGACGUAACCUCCUCAAAACUGUUCUUACUGAUCUCAACGAUAUCUCUCAGGUAUGUGAUCUGAAAAAGAAGCAAACUAACUACAUACGUGGACUCCUCUCAGACCUACAGAAGGGAAUAGUCCCUAAAUCGUGGCUUAGAUACAACGUACCAGGGGUAACCAUUAACCCCUGGAUCAUUGACUUCUCCGAGAGGAUCAGACAGCUACAAACGAUUGUAGAGGCAGCACAGAAGGGCCAGACUGCCCUGAAGGAGAUGUCCGUUUGGCUGGGCGGCCUAUUCUCGCAAGAAGCCUACUUCACUGCUACAAGACAGUCUGUGGCUCAGUGUAAGGGAUAUUCUCUUGAGGAACUCAAACUACAGGUCUCCGUUCACAACGCUCCAGUUGAGCUGGACAACAGCAGCUUUGGGAUAUCCGGUCUGAAGCUGAUGGGGGCGAUGCACAGUGACGGGAAGCUAACCAUUACUGAAGACAUCAUGACGGAUCUGGUGUACACAAAGAUUAGCUGGGUCAGGGACCAGGAUAUUCAGAUAUCCGGCAAACAGAUCACCCUGCCUGUGUAUCUCAACAACACCCGCACCACUCUCGUUGAAACCCUCAACUUUAGAACUGACCAAGACAAGUUCUACGAAAGGGGCGUCGCUAUUUUGUGUACCGGGCUUUCUUAAACUGCACGUGCCGAACUUGUAGAUUGCACGUGCUGCACUCACUUGCACGUGCAAGUUAGCGUCGCACGUGUGAUUUUUCAUGAGUAAAAGUGCAGGCUUUGAACUUGACAAGACUUGCUCUGUCAUUUGUAUUUCUGUAAACUUUCAACUGUAUUUCUUUUGUAAUACCCGAUAUUAUUUGUAGGGCAGCUAAACUUGCCAAAUAUGUGUU